CGGCCCUCGGCGCUGUCAUGGCGGCGGGGAGCAGCUUCAGUAGGCGCAGGCUUAGUCCCGCGCGCCGUGGCCCGGAGAACUGUGUCAGUAGCAUCCUCGGCCACCUCAGCAGCACGAGCCGCGGCGUCGCUAGCGCCUGCAGUAGCUGCUUGUGCAAGGGCUGAGCGCAGGGGGUGGGGCGGCCUAGGAAACCAUGGAGUUCUAGGCAGCCGCGGGCUCCCGGGGAGCGGACUAGGGAAACUUGAAGGCUGCGACCAGGGUUUGGCGUUGUUGUCAGCCUCCGGGAGAGAGAUUGGACAAAUAGUCUCCGAGAGGAGGAGGGCGACGCCAAGGACUUUUCCUGCUUUUUGGGGUUUGUCCUCAAGUUGGAACAGAGACCCUUUUUGGUUUAGCGUUUGCGUGUGCUGUGCCUCCUCUCCGUGCAGCGGCUGCCGGCCCAGGGUGACUCUGACUUGUCCUUUCUCGUGAACUAGUAAUGGCUAGUGAAGACAAUCGUGCCCCUUCCCGGCCACCAACAGGUGAUGACGGGGGAGGUGGAGGGAAAGAAGAAACCCCUACGGAAGGGGGUGCGCUGUCUCUGAAGCCGGGGCUCCCCAUCAGGGGCAUCAGAAUGAAAUUCGCCGUGCUGACGGGCUUGGUUGAAGUUGGAGAAGUGUCCAAUAGGGACAUCGUAGAAACUGUCUUUAACCUGCUGGUAGGAGGACAGUUUGAUUUGGAGAUGAACUUCAUUAUCCAAGAAGGUGAGAGUAUCACGUGCAUGGUGGAGUUGCUGGAAAAGUGUGACAUCACUUGCCAAGCCGAAGUAUGGAGCAUGUUUACGGCCAUUCUGAAGAAGAGCAUUCGAAACCUUCAAAUCUGCACAGAAGUAGGCCUUGUGGAAAAAGUACUUGGGAAAAUUGAGAAGGUUGACAGUAUGAUUGCAGAUCUUCUCGUUGACAUGUUGGGAGUGCUGGCCAGCUAUAAUUUGACAGUUAGAGAACUAAAGCUUUUCUUCAGCAAACUUCAAGGAGAUAAAGGACAAUGGCCUCCACAUGCUGGGAAGUUGUUGUCUGUGCUAAAGCACAUGCCUCAGAAGUACGGUCCUGACGCCUUUUUCAACUUUCCAGGAAAGAGUGCUGCAGCUAUUGCAUUACCUCCUAUAGCCAGAUGGCCUUACCAGAAUGGUUUUACAUUUCACACCUGGCUUAGAAUGGAUCCUGUAAAUAAUAUUAAUGUUGACAAGGAUAAACCAUAUUUGUAUUGUUUCAGAACCAGCAAAGGUCUUGGCUAUUCUGCUCAUUUUGUUGGCGGCUGUUUGAUUAUAACCUCAAUAAAGUCAAAAGGAAAAGGCUUUCAACAUUGUGUGAAAUUUGAUUUCAAGCCACAAAAGUGGUACAUGGUAACUAUAGUACACAUUUACAACCGAUGGAAGAACAGUGAGCUUCGAUGUUACGUGAAUGGUGAACUUGCUUCCUAUGGAGAGAUAACAUGGUUUGUCAACACCAGUGAUACCUUUGACAAAUGCUUCCUGGGCUCAUCAGAAACAGCAGAUGCGAAUCGGGUGUUCUGUGGUCAGAUGACUGCGGUUUAUCUUUUUAGUGAUGCUCUUAAUGCAGCUCAGAUUUUUGCCAUUUAUCAGUUGGGCCUGGGGUACAAGGGCACAUUUAAAUUUAAAGCGGAAAGCGACCUUUUCCUUGCUGAGCAUCAUAAACUGUUACUGUAUGAUGGCAAGCUGUCGAGUGCCAUUGCCUUCACAUACAACCCCCGGGCCACCGAUGCGCAGCUGUGCCUUGAGUCGUCUCCGAAGGAUAAUCCUUCCAUCUUUGUUCACUCGCCCCAUGCGCUCAUGCUCCAGGAUGUAAAGGCAGUUUUAACACAUUCCAUCCAGAGCGCCAUGCAUUCCAUUGGAGGAGUACAAGUUUUGUUUCCGCUCUUUGCCCAGCUGGAUUAUAGGCAAUAUUUAUCUGAUGAGGUUGAUUUGACUAUCUGUACGACCUUGCUGGCUUUUAUCAUGGAGUUGCUGAAGAACUCAAUUGCUAUGCAGGAGCAGAUGCUUGCUUGUAAAGGCUUUUUGGUAAUAGGUUAUAGCCUUGAAAAGUCUUCCAAAUCCCACGCCAGCCGAGCAGUGCUUGAACUCUGCCUUGCCUUUUCAAAGUAUUUGAGCAAUCUGCAGAAUGGGAUGCCCCUCCUGAAACAACUGUGUGAUCACAUUCUUCUUAACCCCACCGUGUGGAUCCAUGCUCCAGCCAAGGUUCAGUUGAUGCUUUAUACUUACCUGUCCACUGAAUUCAUUGGUACAGUCAACAUAUAUAAUACCGUUCGGAGAGUUGGGACAGUGCUGCUCAUCAUGCACACACUGAAGUACUACUACUGGGCAGUGAACCCCCAGGACCGAAGCGGCAUCACCCCCAAAGGAUUAGAUGGACCAAGACCCAAUCAGAAAGAAAUACUUUCUCUUCGAGCAUUCUUACUGAUGUUCAUUAAGCAAUUAAUGAUGAAGGACUCUGGAGUAAAGGAAGAUGAGCUCCAGGCCAUUCUUAAUUACCUGCUGACUAUGCAUGAGGACGACAAUCUAAUGGACGUCUUACAGUUGCUUGUUGCAUUAAUGGCGGAGCACCCUAACUCCAUGAUUCCUGCUUUUGACCAAAGGAAUGGGUUGCGUGUUAUCUAUAAACUUCUGGCGUCGAAGAGUGAAGGAAUCCGAGUGCAGGCACUCAAGGCACUGGGUUACUUUUUAAAGCAUCUGGCUCCAAAGAGAAAAGCUGAAGUCAUGCUUGGGCAUGGAUUGUUCUCGUUGUUAGCUGAGAGACUUAUGCUUCAGACAAAUCUAAUCACAAUGACCAUGUAUAAUGUUCUGUUUGAGAUUCUUAUAGAGCACAUCUGUACUCAGGUGAUACACAAACAGCACCCAGAUCCUGAUUCUACAGUCAAAAUACAAAACCCUCAGAUACUAAAAGUAAUUGCGACCCUACUCCGAAAUUCUCCCCAGUGCCCAGAGAGCCUGGAGGUUCGCCGAGCAUUUCUUUCCGACAUGAUUAAACUUUUUAAUAACAGUAGAGAAAACAGGAGGAGCUUGCUGCAGUGCUCUGUGUGGCAAGAAUGGAUGCUUGCUCUCUGCUAUUUUAAUCCUAAGAAUUCAGAUGAGCAAAAGAUAACAGAAAUGGUAUAUGCCAUAUUCAGAAUUCUGCUUUACCAUGCAGUCAAAUAUGAGUGGGGUGGCUGGCGUGUGUGGGUGGACACCUUAUCCAUCACACAUUCAAAGGUUACUUUUGAAAUACACAAAGAAAACCUUGCCAAUAUAUUUAGGGAAGAGCAGGGAAAAGGUGAUGAAGAAAUAGGGCCGUGUUCUUCAAGUCUGGUUCCAGAAGGCACUGGUGUUACCAGGGGUGUCGAUGUUUCCAUGGGGCCCCAGCACUCAGGUCGGAAGGAUUCUCCCAUCUCUCCUCAUUUCAUUAGAAAUAGUGAUGAGAACUCAAGUAUUGGGAAGGCAAGUUCAAUUGAUUCUGCAUCCAACAUUGAACUGUCGACUCCUGAUAUAUCUAGUGAUGAAAAGAAAAUAGAACAAGAAAAUCAAGAGUUACUGGAUGAAGCCACCAUGGAAGAAACAGCUACACAUGGUACAAAAGAUUCAUGUGACUUAGAAUCAUUUUCUGAUGCAGCAGAAGCAGAGACUCUUACCUCUAAUUCCUUGGAACCAGGCAAAGAUACAGUUACCAUCAGUGAAGUAAGUGCUUCCAUAAGUUCUCCCUCAGAACAAGAUGCUGCAGAAAUGCCAGAAUUACUGGAAAAAACUGGAGCAGAGGAAGAAGAUGAUGACGAUUAUGUGGAAUUGAAGGUAGAAGGCAGCCCUACUGAGGAAACUAGUCUACCCACAGAGCUGCAGGGUGAGAGUUUGGCUGUAGCUGCCUCGGAAGGCAGAGAAGAGCCAGAUGUGUGUGGUAAUGGCGGUGAAGUUCAAGAGGAAGCACCUAUUACUAAACUUCAUAAUGAGCCUGAAACUGCAGUUUCCAAAGAUUCUAGGUUUCCCACUGUGGCCACAGCUGGAUCUUUAGCUACCUCAUCAGAAGUUCCUGUUCCCCAAACAACUGUACAGUCAGACAGUCAUAAGAUGCUGAACGAAGGAGUGAAAGCAGCUAACCUUGCUGGAGAAACUGAGUCAGUUAGUGAUUGUGCUGAUAAUGCCUCUGAGGCUCCUGCCACUUCUGAGCAAAAGAUUGCCAAGCUGGAUGUUUCUAGUGUUGCUUCAGAUACUGAGAAGUUUGAAUUGAAGGCCAGCACGAGCACAGAAGCACCGCAGCCUCAACGACAUGGGCUUGAGAUAUCAAGGCACCAGGAACAGCCAGGACAAGGAACAGCACCAGAUGCAGUAGACCAACAAAGGAGGGAGUCCAGAUCGGCCAUGUUUCGCAUUCCUGAGUUCAAGUGGUCUCAGAUGCACCAGCGUCUGCUCACUGACCUCUUAUUCUCCAUAGAAACAGAUGUGCAGAUGUGGAGAAGCCAUUCAACAAAGACAGUUAUGGACUUCGUGAAUAGCAGUGAUAAUGUCAUCUUUGUACACAACACAAUUCAUCUCAUCUCGCAAGUGAUGGACAAUAUGGUCAUGGCUUGUGGGGGUAUACUGCCAUUGCUUUCAGCUGCUACAUCGGCCACACAUGAGCUGGAGAAUAUUGAGCCUACUCAAGGCCUUUCAAUAGAAGCCUCAGUGACAUUUCUUCAGAGGCUAAUUAGCCUUGUGGAUGUACUUAUAUUUGCAAGUUCCCUUGGUUUCACUGAAAUUGAAGCUGAAAAAAACAUGUCAUCUGGAGGAAUUCUGCGACAGUGUCUCCGAUUGGUGUGUGCAGUGGCUGUAAGGAAUUGUUUAGAGUGUCAGCAGCAUUCACAGUUGAAAGCCAGAGGAGAUACAGCAAAGAGCUUAAAAACAAUGCAUAGUCUGAUUCCUAUGGGGAAAUCUGCAGCAAAGAGCCCAGUGGACAUUGUGACUGGUGGUUUAUCUCCAGUAAGAGAUCUUGACAGGCUCCUGCAAGACAUGGACAUUAAUCGGCUUCGAGCAGUUGUUUUCAGAGACAUUGAGGACAGCAAGCAAGCUCAAUUCUUAGCUUUGGCUGUUGUAUACUUUAUCUCUGUUCUGAUGGUCUCAAAGUACAGAGACAUCUUGGAACCCCAAGAUGAAAGGCAUAGUCAGUCUCUUAAGGAAACUGGUAGUGAUAAUGGGAAUGUAUCACUUCCUGAUGCAGAAAACACACCAGCAGAAUUUAGCUCUUUAACUCUGUCAUCAGUGGAAGAAUCAUUGGAAGGCACCUCAUCUACUCGAAGGAGAGACUCUGGACUUGGUGAGGAAACAGCUUCUGGCUUGGGAAGCAAUAUGUCUGUAGCUUCUCCAGCAGCGCCUCUGGGUGUCAGCGUGGGUCCAGACGCCAUCAGUGAGGUGCUGUGCACUCUUUCUUUGGAAGUCAAUAAAUCUCAGGAAACAAAAACUGAUGGAGGAAAUGAGUUGGACAGGAAGGUGACACCAUCAGUGCCAGUUUCAAAAAAUGUCAACGUGAAGGACAUUCUCCGGAGCUUGGUGAAUAUGCCAGCAGAUGGAGUCUCAGUGGAUCCAGCCCUUCUGCCCCCAGCCUGCCUCGGUGCUCUUGGAGACCUAUCUGUGGAUCCACCCGUACAGUUCAGAUCCUUUGACAGGAGUGUCAUCAUCGCAACAAGGAAAUCAUCAGCCUUACCUUCCACCCUUACCGCAAGUGCCCCGAGUAAUGCUGUCAGUGUGGUUUCUUCAGCAGAUCCCACUGGAGUCGCAGAUGCAGGAGGAGAGUCACCAGGAAGUAGAUCACCUAACGCAAAAUUGCCCUCAGUUCCAGCCGUUGACUCUGUCCCACAAGACCCAGUCGCACACAUGAGUAUUACAGAAAGGCUAGAGCAUGCUCUAGAGAAGGCAGCUCCUCUGCUACGAGAGAUUUUUGUGGAUUUUGCACCUUUCCUUUCUCGGACACUUUUAGGUAGUCAUGGACAAGAACUGCUUAUAGAAGGAACAAGUCUGGUCUGCAUGAAGUCCAGCAGUUCAGUUGUGGAGCUGGUCAUGCUGCUGUGUUCCCAGGAGUGGCAGAAUUCUAUUCAGAAGAACGCAGGCCUUGCUUUUAUUGAACUUGUCAAUGAAGGAAGGUUACUCAGCCAAACCAUGAAGGAUCAUUUAGUAAGAGUAGCAAAUGAGGCUGAAUUUAUCCUGAGCAGGCAGAGAGCAGAGGAUAUUCACAGACAUGCAGAAUUUGAGUCAUUGUGUGCUCAAUACUCUGCAGACAAAAGAGAAGAGGAAAAGAUGUGUGAUCAUUUGAUAAGAGCAGCUAAAUACAGAGACCAUGUGACAGCAACUCAGUUAAUCCAGAAGAUUAUCAACCUCCUCACAGAGAAGCAUGGAGCCUGGGGCAGCUCCACUGUAAGUCGUCCUCGUGAGUUCUGGCGCCUUGACUGCUGGGAAGAUGACUUGAGGCGCCGGCGACGAUUUGUGCGUAACCCUCUAGGAUCGACACAUCCUGAAGCGACACUAAAAACAGCCGUGGAACAUGCUGCAGAUGAAGACAUCCUUGCUAAAGGAAAACAGUCCAUCAAGAGUCAGGCUUUAGGAAAUCAGAACUCUGAAAACGAGGCCCUCCUGGAAGGCGACGACGAUACUCUGUCAUCCGUGGAUGAGAAAGAUUUAGAGAAUCUUGCCGGUCCUGUUAGCCUGAGCACGCCAGCUCAGCUUGUGGCCCCCUCUGCUGUAGUAAAAGGCACUCUCUCUGUCACCUCCUCUGAACUCUAUUUUGAGGUGGAUGAAGAGGAUCCCAACUUCAAGAAAAUUGACCCAAAGGUGCCUGCAGAGGCCAAAAGAGGGCUUUGGAGUCCCUGGAUGGACCUGGAGUCACAGAUCUUGGCAUAUACAGAAGGUCUGCAUGGCAAAUGGCUGUUCACAGAGAUAAGAUCAAUCUUUUCUCGUCGUUAUCUUUUGCAAAAUACCGCCCUGGAGAUCUUUAUGGCAAACAGAGUUGCUGUAAUGUUCAACUUCCCAGACUCUGCCACAGUAAAGAAAGUGGUGAACUAUCUACCUCGCGUUGGUGUGGGAACCAGUUUUGGCUUACCUCAGACCAGGCGUAUUUCAUUAGCCACUCCACGUCAGCUAUUUAAAGCUUCAAAUAUGACUCAGCGGUGGCAGCACAGAGAGAUUUCAAACUUCGAGUACUUGAUGUUUCUCAACACAAUAGCAGGGCGGAGUUAUAAUGACCUAAAUCAGUAUCCUGUGUUUCCCUGGGUCAUCACUAAUUAUGAGUCAGAAGAAUUAGAUCUUACCUUGCCAAGCAAUUUCAGAGAUUUGUCCAAGCCAAUAGGAGCUUUGAAUCCCAAGAGGGCAGCAUUCUUUGCAGAGCGAUUUGAGUCCUGGGAAGAUGAUCAAGUUCCAAAGUUCCACUAUGGUACUCAUUACUCAACUGCAAGUUUUGUUCUUGCAUGGCUUCUAAGAAUAGAACCCUUUACAACUUACUUUCUAAAUUUACAAGGAGGGAAAUUUGAUCAUGCAGAUAGGACAUUCUCAUCAGUUUCCAGAGCAUGGCGAAACAGUCAGCGGGACACAUCUGACAUUAAGGAAUUGAUUCCUGAAUUUUAUUAUCUCCCUGAGAUGUUUGUCAACUUCAAUAAUUAUAACCUUGGAGUGAUGGAUGAUGGGACAGUGGUGUCUGAUGUUGAACUUCCUCCUUGGGCCAAAACCUCGGAAGAAUUCGUUCGCAUAAACAGAUUGGCCCUGGAGAGUGAAUUUGUUUCCUGCCAGCUUCACCAAUGGAUUGAUCUUAUUUUUGGCUAUAAACAACAAGGACCAGAGGCAGUGCGAGCCCUCAAUGUGUUCUAUUACCUAACCUAUGAAGGAGCUGUCAGCCUGAACUCAAUAACUGACCCUGUGCUGAGAGAGGCUGUGGAAGCUCAGAUCCGAAGUUUUGGACAGACACCUUCGCAACUCCUGAUAGAGCCCCACCCUCCCCGAGGCUCGGCCAUGCAAGCGUAUCUCCUCCUGCAGAGUCCAUUGAUGUUCACAGACCAGGCCCAGCAAGACGUCAUCAUGGUCCUAAAGUUCCCUUCGAACUCUCCAGUCACCCACGUUGCAGCCAACACCCAGCCAGGCCUGGCCAUGCCUGCUGUCAUCACUGUCACUGCUAACAGGCUCUUUGCCGUGAACAAGUGGCACAGCCUUCCUGCUCACCAAGGUGCUGUACAAGACCAGCCAUACCAGCUGCCAGUGGAAAUCGAUCCUCUCAUAGCCUGCGGCACAGGGACGCACAGGAGGCAGGUAACGGACCUCCUGGACCAGAGCAUCCAAGUGCAUUCCCAGUGCUUCGUCAUCACUUCUGACAACCGCUACAUUCUCGUCUGUGGCUUCUGGGAUAAGAGUUUCCGGGUCUACUCCACAGAUACAGGAAAAUUGAUCCAAGUGGUGUUUGGCCAUUGGGAUGUUGUCACUUGCCUAGCUCGCUCGGAGUCGUACAUAGGGGGAAAUUGCUACAUCCUCUCAGGAUCACGUGAUGCAACUCUUCUUCUGUGGUACUGGAAUGGGAAAAGCAGCGGGAUUGGAGAUAACCCCGGCAGUGAAACUACCACUCCUCGGGCCAUUCUCACAGGCCAUGACUAUGAGAUCACCUGUGCUGCUGUCUGCGCUGAGCUGGGCCUGGUGUUAAGUGGUUCCCAAGAAGGGCCAUGUCUCAUACACUCCAUGAAUGGAGACUUGUUAAGGACUUUGGAGGGUCCUGAAAAUUGCCUGAAACCAAAACUCAUCCAAGCAUCGAGAGAGGGUCACUGUGUCAUCUUCUAUGAAAAUGGCUGCUUCUGCACCUUCAGUGUGAACGGGAAGCUGCUGGCCACUGUGGAGACCGAUGACCACAUAAGGGCCAUACUGCUGAGCAGAGAUGGGCAGUACCUGCUCACAGGAGGAGACAGCGGGGUGGUGAUAGUGCGGCAGGUGUGUGACCUCAAGCAGCUCUUUGCCUACCCUGGCUGUGAUGCUGGAAUCCGGGCCAUGGCCCUUUCUUUCGACCAGAGGUGCAUCAUUUCGGGCAUGGCUUCGGGAAGCAUUGUUUUGUUCUACAACGACUUCAACCGCUGGCAUCAUGAGUACCAAACCCGUUACUGAGGGUAGCAAAUGGACGGUGGUCCCGUUUCAGCUCAAGCAAGGAAGGACUUGGAACAUCAUUCUAUAGAAAGAGCUAUCAUCUGAAUGUAACUUAAAUUUGCUUGAACAAGCAAAAUAUUUUUUAAAGUUAAUUGCUAUUUUUGUAGACUUUGCUUGACAUUUUGGGGGUGGGGAACAGCACAAGCAGAAAACUGGCUGCUGGUUUCUGUAGUUCAAAAAAAAUCUAUAUUUUUAGUGAUAAUGAAAAGUCUAUUUUCACUAACUAUGGAUGCAGACAGCGGAGCCAAUAUUCCCACUAAUUCUUGAUAUGUGUGAAAAACCAUUUCCCACUUAUCUGUAAUCUUGAGAAAUAUGAUUUUAGCAAUAGGGAAAUGGGUUCAAAUACUGGGACAGGGAAAUUUAAUCUGUACUGGGUCCUGUAUUUUUCUAGACAAUUGUGCUUCUUUAGUGCUGACAUUUCUAGGGUUUUAAUAGUAAUGUUUAAAUUAUGACAUGUAAUUUAAAACAUCUCAGUGAAUUAUUUCUAUAUUAUUCUUCUUCAAGCAUGUGUUAGACCUAGAAAAUUAUGGUUUAGGGAGGCUACUUUAUUUUACCAUGUGUUAAACAACAAAGACCUAAGUUAUAGCAAUCAUAAAUACUCACUGCUUUUCCUGAUCUGUCGUCCUCAUAGCACAGGGUGAAAUGAUGGAAACGCUCUUGGGCUCACAGUCUUUGUAAGUACCAAAGCCUGCCCGAGGUCACCAGUGCCCCACUAAGAGGCAGAGCCCGGUGGGGCUGCUCCCCAUGACUACCAGCCCGCAGUCCUGGCGACCAGAGAUGACCAGGUUCUGAGCAAGCAGCACCCACCUGACCCCUAUUUGUUAUGAAACUAUCUUUACCUUCUUUUUGACUAGUAAUUUGUACCAAGAAACAAUGUUAUUUUGGUGUUAUAUAAUUCUACUUUUUCUAGUAGAUUGAUGUAUGGAAUUCUGUGAAAAUAUUUGAGCAAUGGUCUGUAUUACAUAAAUAAAUCCUUUGUAUGUUGUGACGUGA